AUGUUUCCUAUCGCUCACAUCCUCAAAUCCUCUGUGAUGGUGCGUCCCCUGAUUUCGCGGACUCUUGUGAACAGUAUGCUGCCAAAAAUUGGACAGUCUACGCUAUUUGACGUUUCAUCCAAAAGCAUUCACACGACAGUCGUCCGUAGGGACAUCGAUCAAGCCGCAAAGUACAUCGGUGCCGGUGCCGCCACUGUUGGUGUAGCUGGCUCUGGUGCAGGAAUCGGUUCCGUCUUUGGAAAUCUUGUUAUGGGCUACGCGCGAAAUCCCGGACUUAAGCAACAGCUGUUCUCCUACGCUAUUCUCGGAUUUGCAUUGAGCGAGGCCAUGGGGCUGUUUUGCCUGAUGAUGGCUUUCCUAAUUUUAUAUGCUUUUUGA